GUCCGAUGGGCAAAUCGCCGGACCGCGCAGUCCAAUAGCGCAAACGUUCACCUGAAAAUAAACCCGUAUACCGCUCAAUGCGGUUACGGCAUACUCAUAGAUUCAUUUUCAAAUGAGAAAACCAACAGGCCGCUCAAAUUCAUAAUAGACGUGGAGGAAACGAAGCGGAUUUUACUGGAGCAAGAGGACACGAACGGCGACAGCCAGAUCACAAUCCAGGACGUCGGCCCAAAGACCCUGACCGUCGGUACGGCCAAUUCCGGUGGUUACAGAAAAUUUGAGAUUCGUGGUACCUACAUGUUGAGCAACCUUUUGCAAGAGUUGGCGUUGGCAGAAGGUUACGGACGUAAGCAUGUGGUCUUGGACGAGGCCCGUUUAAACGAGAACCCAGUGGAUCGUUUGUCCAGAAUGAUCAGGAACCUUUUCUGGGAUGGACUGACCAGGAAGAUUGACGCCGAAGGGUUGGAGGUGAUUUGCGCCGACCCAAAAAAUAAAACGGCCGACCACUCACCCAGAAUUUAUGUCCCUCACGGUGAGGAUGAAAUUUACGAAUAUUAUAAAGGCGUCGCGGAAUCCAGACCACAUUUGAAGCUUGAAGUGGAAAGACUUCCCGAGCAAAUCACUCCCGAAUACGUGAAAAGUAUCAACGAUCGACCCGGUAUCCUCUCUCUGGCGAUGCAAAAAGUCAUCGAUGACAAUGGUAAUGCCACCUUCAAGGGUGUCCCGUUCGUUGUGCCCGGAGGUCGGUUCAAUGAGAUGUACGGCUGGGACUCUUACUUUGAAACCUUGGGCCUGGCCGUGGAUGGAAGGAUAGAGUUGGCCAAGGGAAUGGUGGAUAAUUUCGUGUACGAGAUCACGCACUAUGGAAAGAUAUUGAACGCCAAUCGAAGCUACUACCUCACCCGCUCUCAACCCCCUUUCCUCACCGACAUGGCCAUGAAGGUCUACGAGAGAUUGUCGGAUGACGAGGGUGAGAAGAAGAGGUGGCUCGCAGUGGCCAUUCGAGCUGCCAUCAAGGAGUAUCACACGAUUUGGAUGUCGGAACCUCGCUAUGAUCCCGAAACCGGUCUCUCUCGUUAUUACCCAACAGGUCUUGGCAUCCCGCCGGAAACCGAGGCUAGUCAUUUUGAUCACGUCAUACUGCCGUUCGCGGAAAAGCUAGGUUUGAGUAUUAAGGAGUAUGCCGCGAAAUAUCAAACCAAAGAAAUUCAAGAGCCUCUGUUGGAUGAGUACUUUUUACACGACCGUGCCGUUCGCGAAUCGGGUCACGACACCACCUACCGGUUUGAGAAGCGAUGCGCCUACCUCGCCACCAUUGACCUCAACUCAUUACUAUACAAAUAUGAAAUUGAUAUCGGUGAGAUAAUCCGAGAAAUAUACGAUGAUCAUUUCGAAUUGGGCGGCGGGACCAUCGACACGAGUGCUGUUUGGUUCGAACGGGCGGAGUUACGAAAGGAGAGGAUCGAUAAGUAUUUGUGGAAUGAAGAGAAAGGCCUAUAUUGUGACUAUAACACUGUUACAAAGUCGCAAUCUGUGUAUGACUCGGUAACCGCUUUUUGGGCUCUUUGGGCGGGUUGUGCUAGCCAGGAACAGGCGGAAAAAUUAGUAAAAAUAUCCCUUCCUAAAUUCGAGGUUCUCGGUGGCCUCGUCAGCGGCACCGAAGAAUCCCGUGGCCAUAUUACGCUCGACAGACCAAACAGACAAUGGGAUUAUCCGUUCGGAUGGGCUCCUCAUCAGAUAAUGACAUGGAGAGGUCUGGAGAACUAUGGUUUCAUGACGGAGGCCAGACGACUCGCGUAUCGUUGGUGUUACACCAUUACGAAAUCUUUCGUUGAUUUUAAUGGUGUUGUUCCCGAAAAAUACGACGUGGUGACGUUAAAUCAUCAAGUUCAAGUGGAAUACGGGAAUGUCGGUACAGACUUUAAAUUUGUUCCACGAGAAGGUUUCGGAUGGAUGAACGCGUCUUACGAAGUCGGUUUAUCCUAUCUGACAACCCACAUGAGGAGAGCGUUGGGUGCUUGUACCAGUCCCGAGAUUUUCUUUACUAGGAACAGGGUGAACAGAGAAGUCAUAAUAGAUGACUCUCGCGUGACUACCCACGUAGAAACGAGUGGGAAACAGGAGCAACCCAAAGUCAGUUCGACAAUUGUGGAAACGGUUGGUUCCAUAGAUAAUGGUACUUUGUUAGAAAAGAAUACUGAGGUUGUGGAAAUUGAUAUAACAAAAAAAGGUUAA